GCGAGUCUAAGGGUUAUGAGACCGAGUCAGUUGUGCCCCCGAAUCCAGGUUCAGCGCCCAUUGGCCGGUAGCGGGCGGGGAGGCGGAUCCCGGGUCUGCGCUGCCGAGGGAACCCCUCGACUCAGGGUCCGUCGCCUCGAGGUCGGUUGUAGGAGUCGAGCAUAUGCAGGGGUUUUGCUCGGACUUGGGAUUCAUCGAUGCCGAUCGGCGUGAACUUCAUUGCUUGGGAUUCAUUCCCCGGAUUGCAGUUAAAUAGCUGGGGCUCCCCCCAGGAUCAGGGCCCACUGUUGGGAUUCAGGGCUUUAGCGUCUAUAAGCGUAAGAAUGUAACAGUUGGGAAUCAGGGAGUUUGGGGUUUUUUUGAAGUUGGGGACCUAAGAGAUCUAUUGCUGAGUUUCCGAGUUUGCUGAAUUUGUUUAUGGCCAGAGGGAAGUCUGUUGGGUCAAAUUGUGUAAGGUUUAGGUAGCAAUUGCCAUCAUGCUCAAAGCUGUGAUCCUGAUUGGAGGCCCUCAAAAGGGGACUCGCUUCAGGCCUUUGUCUUUUGAGGUGCCCAAACCCCUGUUUCCAGUGGCGGGGGUCCCUAUGAUCCAGCACCACAUUGAGGCCUGUGCCCAGGUCCCUGGGAUGCAGGAGAUUCUGCUCAUUGGCUUCUACCAACCUGAUGAAGCCCUUACCCGGUUUCUAGAGGCUGCCCAGCAGGAGUUUAACCUUCCUGUCAGGUACCUGCAGGAAUUUGUUCCCCUGGGCACAGGAGGUGGUCUCUACCAUUUCCGGGACCAGAUCCUGGCCGGGGGCCCUGAGGCCUUCUUCGUGCUCAACGCUGACGUCUGCUCUGACUUCCCCUUGAGUGCCAUGUUGGCUGCCUACAGACGCCAGCCUCACCCUUUCUUGCUGCUUGGCACCACGGCUAACAGGACACAGUCCCUCAACUACGGCUGCAUUGUAGAGAACCCGCAGACGCACGAGGUCCUGCACUACGUGGAGAAACCCAGCACGUUUGUUAGUGACGUCAUCAACUGUGGCAUCUACCUCUUUUCCCCGGAAGCCCUGAAGCCUCUUCGGGAUGUCUUCCAGCGGAACCAGCAGGAUGGGCAAUUGGAGGACUCUUUGGGCCUGUGGCCAGGGGCGGGCACCAUCCGCCUGGAGCAGGAUGUGUUCUCAGCCCUGGCCGGGCAGGGCCAGAUCUACGUCCACCUCACUGACGGUAUCUGGAGCCAGAUUAAGUCCGCAGGCUCAGCGCUCUAUGCCUCCCGCCUCUACCUGGGCCAGUACCAGCUCACGCACCCAGAACGCCUGGCCAAGCACACCCCUGGGGGUCCACGAAUCCGAGGAAACGUUUAUAUCCACCCAACAGCUAAGGUGGCCCCGUCGGCAGUGCUGGGCCCCAACGUCUCCAUUGGGGAGGGGGUGACCGUGGGUGAGGGUGUGCGGCUCCGCGAGAGCAUUGUCCUCCAUGGAGCCACGCUGCAGGAGCACACGUGUGUUCUGCACACCAUCGUGGGCUGGGGGAGUACCGUGGGGCGCUGGGCCCGUGUGGAGGGUACCCCCAACGACCCCAAUCCCAACGACCCCCGAGCGCACAUGGACAGUGAGAGCCUCUUCAAGGAUGGGAAGCUGCUGCCUGCCAUCACCAUCCUAGGCUGCCGGGUCCGGAUCCCAGCUGAGGUGCUCAUCCUGAACUCGAUUGUUCUGCCCCACAAGGAGCUGAGCCGCAGCUUCACCAACCAGAUCAUCCUCUGAGGGGGGCUGCCAGGAGGCCCCCACCCCCCAACUCCCAGCUCCCAGUCGCUCCCCUUGAGGCUGCCCCCUGCUUGGCCGGCCUCCAUCCGAGAGGACCAGAGGAGAGGAAGCCGGGCAGGAUCGCCACAGGCCAGGAGCGCCCUGGGUGGCCGGGGGACUCCUGGCCUCUUCACCCUCUAAUAAACCCCAGUGAACCUUGGAGCCA